GUGCUCGUCUAGUAUUGAAAAUAUCAAUGUUAGAAAAUUUAUAAUUCAUGAGACAAAGAAAAAAUCUAGUGCGUAUGUGUCACGCAAGUUUUUCUAUAAGAAAUAAUAUCGCACAGGUAUAUAACGUGUAUCGUACUUUGCAAUUAAAAUCAAAAUAUAUUUAUUCUGUAUUAGGUCAAUGCUCAAGAUCAAAACAUAAAAAGAUCUCGUCUGAAACUCGUCAUUUGAUUUUAAAUGGUUCAACAAUUAUUAACGAUAUUGUUGAAGAUAAUAAUCGAAUUAAAUCAAUCAGGUACCAAUGAUUUUAUUAUUUUAACAUAAAUAUUUUAAUAAUUUAAUGGAAUAAUAAAUAAUUGUCCACCAAUCAAAAUGUGUGUUACAGAAUCAUUAAUAGAUUCUUGUCAAUGUCCAGUUUAUGCAACACCUUCAUCUCGUCUUGAUUCACCAUUAUUCUAUUUAUUAAUAAAUGAACAAAUUGAUCCAAUGACUUAUUUUGUUUUUCAAAAUGAUAAUGAAGAAAUAGGAAGAAUACCAUUUCCAACUGUUAUUCGUCAAGAACUAGAAAAAAUGUCCGUAAUUACCAAUGAAAAUAGUCCUCCAAGGGAAAUAUCUCCGACAUCGCAAUUAUUUCAAUCAACUACAAGAACAAAUACUCCGUCAGUCAAAGAUAUUCACAGAGAUGAACCAAUAUUAGGCUUUUAA